AUGGUUGGAGGUGCGAGGUCCAAAGGGUGCUUGACAUGUAGACGCAGGAAGAUCAGGUGCGACCUGCAGCAACCAACGUGUCUACAGUGUCAUAGAUCGAAACGACGCUGUGGGGGUUAUGACCGUUAUCCUGUGUUUGUUGUGUAUACUAAGCAUGGGAUGGAGAAGCGUGAGGCGAUGAAGGAUCCGAUGCACACUGAGUUUCAAGACUCUUGGAAGCUCGAAAUUCGACCAGGUUGCGAAAACACGUCAUUGAUCUCUACGCCUGAAUCUAUGUUUGAAGACUCGACAGUGAAAAGCUUCCAAAGCAUGCCCACUGAGAGAUCGCGGUUCGUUAGUUGGGCAUACGAAAACUAUAUCAAAACUCUCAGUGCAAGGAACCAGUUCAAUCAUAUGCCAGUUGCCAGGUUCCUACGCAGCACUCUUACGCUUGCUGCAGAAGAUACGGCCCUAGAUACUGCAAUGCUAGCGAUAUCAUGCAGAAUGUCUGCUGUAUACCACACGGAUCAAACUCUCUUGAACAAGAGCAGACAGCUAUAUACGUGCGCGUUAGGAUUACUGCAACGAAAUCUUGCAUCACCAAAACUUGCGCUCACGGACGAGACAUUUGCGGCUACAUGUCUUUUGGCGCUGUACGAGCUUACGAGCCUGGAUAGAAAUGACCCUGAAGCUUGGAAAAGCCACGUGGCUGGUAUCUCGGCAGUCCUGCAGGCAAGAGGUGCCAAAAGACACAAUGGGGCAUUUUCUCGCGACGCACUUGAACAUUGUCGAUACAAUCUGAUGAUGCAAUGUAUAACCUCUCGCAAUGCCUUUGGUUUUGCCAGUGGGCAAUGGCUCGAUGAUCCAUGGAACGGUGCCAAAAAGCAAGUCGAGCAGCAAGUAAUGGAUGAAGGGUUUAGACUCGCUCAGAUCCUUCAAAUAAUUGACGAUGACAGCUUUUGGUGGGUAGAAAUUGAGAGCAUUCAAGAACUGCUGAGGAUGUGUGAAAUUGGUUCAUCCAGACUUUACAAAAUCAAAGCAAAGCACCUGCCAGGCCCAACGUCCCAUGAACUCCGCAAACCUCAACCGCCAGCCUCAGACAAGGAUCUAUCUCGAGGUGUCGAAACAGACUCACAAACUUCAAACAGACUUGUCCUUAGACAGACAGCGUCUGCCAUUCAGUUAGGUCUUUGCGAAGCGACUCGUUGUAUCAUGCAAAAGGUCCUGGAAUCCAGCUAUUAUGGCAUCACUCAUUGUGGUAGCAGUCGUUGGAAGAUCACCGACCCAGAAUCCUGCAUAGAGACCGAAGUCGUCAUUCUAGAAGACGGAAUGCAACUCGCUAAAGAGGUCGUCAGCAAUACCAACAUGAUAUUUAAUGAAUUCAGUGACCCAGAACUCCCGCCUGAAGCUAUCCGACUGCUUUUUCCGCUCAAAAUGUCGUCUCGAAUGCUCAAGUACUGCACAUCCUGCCCACAGUAUGAGCAGUGUAAUACAUUUAUAAACUAUCUUUCGGGAACAAAAGGCAGCAACUACGCUAAAGCACGCCCGAAGGAAUUCUUUGUGUAUGGAGGAAGCCGGCAGAAGAACAUUUCGGCAACAGAGGCAUUGUAG